CGUGAUGGUGUUUGGCAAGCCAACCACCUUAAGCAGCACGCCUCCCGGUCGAGCACUCUAGGUGAUCAUGACCGAGAGAGAUAGGCAAUGAAAGAUAAGCCAGUCAUAGGCAUCGAUCUGGGCACGUCCUACUGCUGUGUUGCCGUGUUUCGCAACAUUGACGGCAUCGAGAUAGUUCCAAAUGAAUUCGGCGAAAGGAUAACGCCCUCCUACGUAGCCUUCACGGAUGAGGACAAGCCUCUGGUGGGGACCGCUGCCAAGAAAAUGGGCUUAAGGCAUCCCGAGCAGUGCAUCUACGAGGUCAAGCGGCUGCUGGGGAGGUCAUUCCGCGACCCCGCCGUCCAGCAGGAUGCCCAGAGAUGGCCUUUCAAGGUGUCGUCGGGUCCGUGUGGCGAAGCCGUUCUCGAAGUUCCUGAGGCACGGGGCAGGAAAAGCUCUUUCCGGCCUGAACAAAUUUCGGCCUUGCUGCUGAAGAAGAUGAAGCAGAUCGCUGAGGACUACACCAAUUGCCGUCCUAUUACGGAUGCAGUCAUCACCGUACCUGCCUACUUCGAUCAAUGUCAGAGGAAGGCCACUAUGGCGGCCGGGGUUAGCGCAGGAUUAAACGUCUUGCGAUUGAUGAGUGAACCGACAGCAGCGGCGCUGGCGUACGGCCAUAUGGAGCUGACAGGGAGAGGGCCUGUGGGGAAGAAACUGCUGGUGUUCGACCUGGGUGGGGGAACCUUCGACGUAUCCAUUGUCACUAUUGAGGAAGGGCCAGAUGAGCACUGCGAGCGUUUCAAGAAGGAUCACCUUGACGGGGAGGAUUUGCUGGCAAAUCCAAGGGUUCUCCCAAGGCUAAAGCAAGUCGCUGUGGGCGCUAAGCACAUUCUGUCUUUUAUAAGGGAGACGGAGAUUGACUUGGAUUACCGUGACCGUGUCCUCGGCGUGAAAUUGGGUCGUGCGGAGUUCGAGGCACUCAACAAAGACCUUUUUGACAGGUGCAUGACAAUCGUCGAACAAGCCCUUUGUGAUGCCAAGAUGAGCAAGGAUGAGAUCUCUGACGUGGUGCUGGCGGGCGGAUCCACGAGGAUCCCGAAGGUGCAAGAGAUGCUGACGGCAUUCUUUAACAGGCUGCUCAUCAAGGCAGUCAAUGCUGAUGAGGCUGUGGCGUUCGGAUCGGCAGUACAGGCCGGCUUGCUGGCCAGAAGAGACAAGUGCACAGAGAUAUCAGUACGGGAUGUGACAUCAGUAAGUAUUGGAGUGGAGGGACAUUUCGGCAUUAGGCGUGUCCUCAUCCCUAGAAAUUCUCUCCUUCCAGCCACUGCAAGUGGAAAGUUUAGUACUUCUCCCCUCCCAACAGCGUUGGUAGUCACGAUCAGAUUGUUUGAGGGCGAACGUGUGCUGUGUGCACAUAACAGGUCGCUUGGGGAACUGAGGCUGGGCGGUUUUACUCCCGGUGCACAGUAUGGCGAAGUUCUCGUAGUGGUCAAUAUAGAUGCUCAUGGGAUUCUCCAUGUCAUUGGAGAGGCCCUUAAAGGGCACAAGGAGACUGGGAAAAAGGUUGAAGCCACCGGUGCACUGGAGACGAAUGUUGUGCAGUGGUCGGGUGGGGGGACAGAGGCAACGGAUUGGUGUUCGCCAACAGCAAAAGCAGAGGACGCCAGGAUCUGGGCAGCGAAAGAUUCUAUGGACAGACUGUGGACACUAAUGCAAAAGCUGCGAGAGCAGCAGUCCUCCAACAAGUUUCCCGUUGAACUGGAGAAGCAUUUGGGAGAGACCUUUGCAUGGAGCCAUGGGCAACAGGAACGUGCAUCAAAGGAGGACUACGAUAAGCUAUAUGAAGAGCUGGAUCGAAUUGCAAGAAGUUAUGGAUACUUCAUGAACGUGACCUAGUGCCUGAUUUCCGGCAGGAGUCUUAGCGAU